UUAUGUAACUGUGUAGGUACAUCUGUUAGUGAUCAAAGUACGCAACAUAACUGGUAUGUACUUACUUUAUUUACAAAUAACAUAAUGUACUGCGUGCGAGUGUCUGCAUAACCGGCUCCGGCUGGCGACCGUCAACAAGGCAAGCGCCCAUCGCGCCAGUUCAAUGUCGGCACACGAGUGUCCAUGUAGUGUCCCACUAGUGCAGUGUCGCCCGCGCGUCCCGCCUGGGAGCAGAGUGAGCAGUCAGCUGUGACUUGUGAAAUUUAAUUGUGCUGGGCCUCGGCCAGUGACCCCGAGAGUGAUUGCGUCGCGGGCGUCGUGAUCGACGUGGGACAGUCACUGACGGUGUGACGGUCACAAUCUGUGCCACUUAUCUGCAAUUCUUCAUCGUACGAGUAUCAGCUGUUUGUUUAUCAGGUGUCGGCGACAUGGACGCCUACACCUUCACCAUCAACGGGGAGCCGCACUCAGUGGGCGCGGACGCGGCGCCGGGGCUGUCGCUGCUGGAGUACAUCCGCGGCGCGGGGCUGCCGGGCACCAAGCGCAUGUGCGAGCAGGGCGGCUGCGGCGCCUGCACCGUGGCCGUCUCGCUCCCGCACCGCGACCCGGGGGACCCGCCCGUCAUGGCCGUCAACUCGUGCCUGGUGAGCGCGGCGGCGGCGGCGGCGGGCGGCUGGGCGGUGCGCACGGCGGAGGGCGUGGGGCGCCGCGCCGCCCCGCACGCGCUGCAGCGGCGCCUGGCCGACUACCACGGCUCGCAGUGCGGCUACUGCACGCCCGGCUGGGUCACCGCCAUGUACAGCUUGUACGAGAGCGAGAAGCCGCUGACGGAGGAGAGCGUGGAGGAGUCGUUCGGGGGCAACCUGUGCCGCUGCACCGGCUACCGGCCCAUCCUCGCCGCCUUCCGCACCUUCGCCACCCAGAGCGGAGCCCCGGAGCCCGGAGCCGCGGAGCCCGGGGCCACCGCGAGCGGAGUCACCGCGCCCGGAGCCACUGAGCCCGGGGCCGCCCAGUGCGGGGCCGGCGAGCGCUGCUCCGGCGACAUACAGGACGUGGAGGAGCUGCCGCGCUCGCGCUGCGCGUCCGGCUGCUCCAGCGCGGGCUCCGAGUGGAACGUGCUGAGCGCCCCCCGCGCCCCCACCCCCGCCCCUGCCCCCGCCCCCGCGCCCGCCUGGCAUGUCGCGCACACGCUGCAGGAUGUCUUCGCCGCGCUGAGAACGUGCGGCUUCAAGAACUACAGACUCGUCAACGGGAAUACUGGGAAAGGAGUGUACCCGUCGCUGGCACAAGCCGUGACGUACAUCGACAUCUCGGGCGUGCGGGCGCUGCGGCGCGAGGUCCGGGACGAGAACCUGGUGCUGGGCGCGGGGCUGUCCCUGCGCCGGCUGCGGGCGCGCCUCGCCGCCGCCGCCAGCGACCCGGACUUCACCUACCUGCAGCACUUCGUGGAGCAUCUCAAGCUCGUCGCCACCGUGCAAGUCAGAAACAUUGGCACCAUCGGUGGUAACUUGGCAAUGAAGAAUGAAUACAAAGAAUUUCAAUCAGACAUUUUCGUUCUACUGGCGACUGUUAAAGCUACGGUUACCAUCAUGGACUCCGACAUGACCGAGACCGACGUCCCCGUAGUGGACUUCUUGAACAUGGACUUGAGCGGAAAACUUAUUACUGAAGUGAAGCUACCGCCCCUGUCUGCCAGCCAUGUGAUAAGGACUUAUAAGAUAAUGCCGCGCGCGCAAAACUCGCACGCCAUCGUGAACGCAGGCUUCAUGUUCAAGCUGGACGAGGGCGGCGCGGUGGCGGCGUGCAGCCUGGUGUUCGGAGGCGUCGCGCCGGGGUUCGUGCACGCGGCGGGGGCGGAGGCGGCGCUGCGGGGGCGCGCGCUGGCCGCCGGGGGCGCGCUGCGGGGGGCGCUGGCGGCGCUGGCCCGGGACCUGCAGCCCGACCACCGCCCGCCCGAGCCCGCGCCGCACUGCCGCAAGAGCAUCGCCCUCGGACUCUUCUAUAGGGCGGUGCUGAGCGUGGUGGGCGCGGAGGCCGUGUCGCCGCGGCUCCGCUCCGGCGCGGCGGCGGCGCGGCGCCCGCUGUCGCGCGGCACGCAGACCUACGACACCGACAAGGCCGUGUGGCCGCUCAACCAGCCCGUGCCCAAGCUGGAGGCGCUCGCGCAGUGCACGGGCGAGGCGGCGUUCGUGGACGACGCGGCGGCGGGCGCGCGCGAGGCGCACCUGGCCCCUGUGCUGGCCGCCGCCGUCGCCGACGAAGUGCACAUCGACGCCACAGAUGCCCUGGCGAUGCCGGGCGUGCUGGCGGUGCUGGCGGCGGCGGACAUCCCGGGGAGCAACUCCUUCACCCCCACCAGCGUGGUGUGGCAGGAGGAGGACGAGCCCGUGCUGGCCCAGCGCGCGCAGUACCACGGACAGGUGGUGGCGCUAGUGGCGGCAACGGACCGGCGGCUGGCGCUGGCUGCGGCGGCGCGGGUCAAGGUCACGUACAGCAACGUCAAGGACAAGCCCGUCAUCACCAUCCAGGACGCCCUCGCCGCGCCCGACGCCAAGGAACGGAUCCGCGAGGACAUAGUGAUCGAGCCGACAGACCGCGGCACGGACGUGGUUCGUGUCAUCAAGGGCAGCUUCACCGUGCCCUCGCAGUACCACUUCACCAUGGAGACGCAGACUGCCAGGGCGGCGGUGUCCGAGGACGGCGCGGGCGUGGACGUGGCGAGCAGCUCGCAGUGGCUGCACCUCGUGCAGGUCGCCGUGGCGCGGAUGCUGAAGCUGCGGGACAACCAGGUGAACGUGAGUGCGGCCCGCGUGGGCGGCGGCUACGGCGGCAAGGCGUCGCGCGCGGCGCUGCCGGCGUGCCUGGCCGCACUCGCCGCCUCGCGCCUGCGCCGCCCCGCGCGCCUCGUGCUCACGUUGGAGGACAACAUGCGAGCCAUCGGCAAGCGGCAGGAGUGCCGGGCGGAGUUCGAGGUGGGCGUGAGCGCGGCGGGGCUGGUGCAGCACUGCGCGGUGCAGUACCACAGCGACUGCGGCUGCUCGUACAACGACGCGGCGGGCGCGGCGGUGGCCACCACCAUGACGUCACUCGUGGACGCGCGGCGCUGGCGCGUGCGCGGCUGCUCCGUGCGCACCGACACGCCCAGCGCCACCUGGUGCCGCGCGCCAGGCACAACGGAAGCGUUCGCCAUAGUGGACCACAUAAUGGAGCGCAUCGCGUUCGCGCUGGAGCUGGACUCGACGGACGUGAAGCUGCUGAACCUGUCCCCGCGGCACGGGGCGCUGCGCGACAUGGUGCUGGCCUUCAAGGCCGACGCGCAGUACGACCAGCGCCUGGCGGAGAUCAGCAAGUUCAACGCAGAGAACGCGUGGAAAAAGCGCGCUCUGAAGCUGGCGCUGAUGGCGUUCCCCAUCGAGUACAGCGGGAACUUCGCGGCCAUGCUGUCCGUGUACCACGCGGACGGGUCCGUGGCCGUGGCGCACGCCGGCGUGGAGCUGGGCCAGGGCGUCCACACCAAGGCGGCGCAGGUCGUCGCCUACACGCUCAACAUCCCCCUCGACCUGGUCACGGUCAAGCCCACCAACAACUUCGUGACACCCAACGCCAUGGUGACAAACGGCAGCUACACGAGCGAGGCGGUGUGCCACGCAGCGGUGCAGGCGUGCCGGGAGCUGCUGGCGCGCCUGCAGCCCGUGCGCGAGGAGCUGCGGGGGCGGGCGGGGGCGCGGGGGGAGCGGGGGGAGCGGGGGGAGCGGGGGGGAGAGCCCACGUGGCAGGACGUGGUGCAGAAGGCCUAUGAGAAAGGUAUAAACCUGAACGCGAGCUACAUGUCGUCGGACAACGAGGGUCUUGUGGGCUACUGCGUGCGCGGCGCGGCGAUAGUGCAGCUAGAGCUGGACGCACUGGCGGGGACGCACCAGCUGACUCGCGCCGACCUCGUGCAGGACACGGGCCGCAGCCUCAGCCCCGCCGUCGAUGUCGGGCAGAUCGAGGGUGCGUUCACGAUGGGCCUGGGCCUGUGGACGAGCGAGCGGCUGGCGCACUCGGGCGCGGGGCGGCUGCUGACGGCGGGCACGUGGUGGUACCUGCCGCCCGGCGCGCGGGACAUCCCCACCGACCUGCGGGUCACGCUCAAGCAGGGGCAGGACGAGCGGCCAGUCGGCGUGCUGCGCUCUAAAGCAACGGGCGAGCCGGCCCUGGUGCUGGCGGUGGCGGCGGCGCACGCGCUGCUGGCGGCGGCGGCGGCGGCGCGGCGCGAGCACCACCCCCACGACACAGAGUGGAAGCACGUCGAGGCUCCGUACACGGUGGAGCGAGUCAUGGAGGCCAUCGACCCCGACCCGGCGCGCUACACGCUGCAGUGACGGGCUCACUUCGCCUCCAGC